AUGCCUUGCAAAGGUUGGGUGGUGGUAGUAAUACUAGUAAAAGAACAUCAAGGAAUAAACAAAGAGUGUACAAGAAGAAGAGAGGAAAACCAUCGGAUACUGAAAGAGGAGAGCCAUCGGAUACUGCGACAGAAAAAGAAAUUGCACCGAUGGAGGAGGAAGAGACAGUUGUUGAAACUGGAGAAUCUAUUAAAGAAAAUAAACGAAAAAAGGAGAUUGAAAGAUUGACGGAUUUGUCGGAUAGAAUGAUGGCGUUAGGACAUUUUAAUGUUUACGAAGAUACCUGGGAGGAAAUAUUGAGAAAUUUAAAGAGAGAAAAAGCAGUACCGAAUGAUUGGAUGCCAGCUUCUAAUGACGAUGAUGAAUUAAUAUUGAAGGACAAUGACGAGGAAACACUAUCGGCAACAAGUUAUCCUCAAGAUUCAUCAAUAACUCAACAACUAGCAUCAGGAUCCGAUUCUACCACACAAUGGGAAUAUAAAUGGAUAGAUAAUGGAGAACCCGCAGAUAUUUAUGGACCAUUUUCCGGUUUAGAUAUGAAAGCAUGGAAUGAACAAGGUUACUUUUUGCAAGGAAUUUUAGUACGACGAGCUGGGUCAACAGACGAAUUCAUUAGUAAUAUUAACGUUGACUUCUCUUCCUAA